AUGUCGUUCGCUAACCUCACACCUUCGGAGUGUGAGGCCACGGGAUGUGGCUACCCAGAAUGUUUGGAAAGAAAGUGGUAUAUUUUCUUGAGCUCCAGUUUGAUUACAUUUUUUGGAGGACUGUUGCUGAUUUUGUUGUUCAGACUUUUCACUUACGUUUGCCUACGGAGUGGCCGUGUUGGCGAAGCGGCGGCGUCGAGUUCGAACGUUAAGCCGGUGAAGGGGGGAGGGGUAAAUGGGAAUCCAGGCACAACGUUAAAGAGCUCAGAAUCAGAAGUCGGGUGGAUGACAUCGAUUAAAGAUUGGGCAGCAAGUUUAAUUUCAGCGCAGACCAUCAGUGGUAGGAUAUUGGUACUGGUAAUAUUUCUGCUGUCUCUAGCAUCUGUUGGUGUGUAUAUUUUCCAAGCGGGGCAGCCUAUUGAGAGGUGUUUCGAUGUUGCCAAUGAUUUGGUAUGGCAAAUAGAUCUUAGUUUCAACUUGGUGUUCUUGAUGUACUUUGGUUUAAGGUUCAUUGCUGCAACUGAUAGAUUGUGGUUUUGGUUAGAGCUGAAUUCUCUGGUAGAUUUCUUCACCAUUCCACCCAUAUUUGUUUCUGUGUAUCUGAAAAGGCACUGGAUUGGUUUGAGGUUUCUGAGGGCUUUACGACUAAUGCAGUUACCUGAGAUCAUGCAGUUCUUAACCAUCUUAAAAACUAGCAACUCUAUAAAAUUAGCAAAUUUAUGUUGUACGUUAUUCAGUACAUGGUUAACUGGAUCAGGUUUUAUACAUCUGGUUGAGAAUUCAGGAGACCCUUGGACUGGUUUCUCCAAUGCACAGCCACUUACCUACUGGGAAUGUUGUUAUUUACUAAUGGUUACUAUGUCAACUGUUGGUUAUGGUGAUAUUUAUGCAGAAACAACCAUGGGUAGACUUUUUAUGACAUUCUUCAUCAUGCUCGGCUUGGCCAUGUUUGCAAGCUAUGUUCCUGAAAUUAUGGAACUGAUUGGUGGAAGAAGAAAAUAUGGAGGAUCGUAUAAUGGAGAAGGUGGAAAGAAGCAUGUAGUUCUAUGUGGCCAUAUCACAUACGGAUCAGUCUCCAAUUUUAUUAAAGAUUUUCUUCAUAAAGAUCGAGAUGAUGUGAACGUAGAGGUAGUUCUUCUGCACAAUGCGGAACCAGACUUGGCAUUAGAAGCUUUUUUCAAGAGACAUUUUACACAUCUACAGUUUUACCAAGGUUCUGUAUUAGAUUCUACAGAUUUAGAGAGAGUUAGAUUGAAAGUAGCUGAUGCAUGUCUUGUACUAGCCAACAAGUACUGCGUCGACCCAGAUCAAGAAGAUGCAGCCAAUAUUAUGAGAGUAAUAUCUAUCAAGAAUUACCAUCCAAAAAUACGAACUAUUGUACAGUUACUACAGUACCACAACAAGGCCUACCUCUUAAAUAUUCCCAGCUGGAACUGGCGAGAAGGAGACGAUGUGAUCUGCAUAGCAGAAUUAAAACUUGGUUUAAUAGCGCAGAGUUGCUUGGCUCCAGGCUUUUCAACUAUAAUGGCUAAUCUGUUUGCUAUGAGAUCAAACAGGACUGUGCCAUGCAUGGAUACGUGGCAGAAACAUUAUCUGGCUGGAUGUGGCAAUGAGAUGUAUACCGAGUACCUAUCACCAGCUUUCAAUGGCAUGUCUUUUCCUGACGUUUCUGAAUUUUGUUUUUCAAAGUUGAAAUUAUUACUAAUAGCAGUGGAAAUUGCCAUGGAUACGAAGGACAGCACGAUUGCAAUAAAUCCAGGUCCCAAUGUCAGGAUAAACGAAGGAACUUUAGGAUUUUUUGUCGCACCCUCUGCUCAGGAAGUAAAGAGAGCGUAUUAUUACUGUAAAAGUUGUCAUAGCACAAUAUCAGAUGUAAGAAAAAUAAGACAAUGCAGGUGUGAGAGUGCACUGUCAACUAUUCCAUCAAACCUUGAAAAGGGCAAGUACAAUGGUAAUUUGAGUCCAGGUGGAUCUCCUCACAAGUAUGGGCCGAGACCCUGUAGUUAUCCAGCCAGUACAAGGAAUGCCUUAUCUAUUGCGGAGCAAAAGGAAAUUGAUGAAGACACUAAAAGGUUUGAUUCCACCGGAAUGUUUCAUUGGUGUCCAUCAAGAGACAUUGAAAAUGUAGUAUUGACUCGUAAUCAAGCACACUCAAAAAUCAUGAAUGGGCACGUGGUAGUGUGUAUAUUUGGAGACAAAGAUUCACCGCUUGUUGGUCUCCGCAAUCUAGUUAUGCCACUUCGUGCAAGUAAUUUUCAUUAUACUGAUUUGAAGCAAAUAGUUUUAGUUGGCUGUCUAGAAUAUAUCAGUAAAGAGUGGGAAACACUGAGGAAUUUUCCAAAAGUCCAUAUUCUUGAUGGAUCGCCACUAAGUCGGGCUGAUCUACGCUCAGUCAACGUUAACUUAUGUGAUAUGUGUGUCAUACUAUCAGCUAAUCAGGGCAAAGCAGACGAUCCGUACCUCCAAGACAAAGAGACAAUCUUAGCAUCGUUAAAUCUGAAAGCAAUGACGUUCGACGAGAGCGUGGGCUUACUACGUGCAUCCUCACAAGGAUUCAUGCCACAGGGCUUUUCCCCUAUGAUGGGCGGUAGUGCCAAGAGUCUAUCUAGGAGAGGAUCAGCUGUAGGAGCCAAUGUGCCUAUGAUUACAGAACUAGUAAAUGAUUCUAAUGUGCAAUUCUUGGAUCAAGAUGAUGAUGAUGAUCCAGACACGGAGCUCUAUGUUACGCAACCGUUUGCAUGCGGUACAGCAUUUGCUGUUAGCGUACUAGAUUCCCUCAUGAGUGCAACAUAUUUCAAUGACAAUGCAUUGACGUUGAUCCGUACACUCAUCACAGGGGGAGCUACUCCUGAAUUGGAGCAGAUUCUAGCGGAGGGAGCUGGUAUGAGGGGUGGUUACACAACCCCACAACUUCUUGCCAAUAGAAACCGUUGUAAAGUAGCCCAGUUACCGGUAUACGACGGACCACUAUCACAGUUUUCAAAUGGUGGGCAAUUUGGAGACUUGUAUGAAUACGCCUUGAGAAAAUACGGCAUGUUGUGCUUUGGCAUUUACAGAUUCCGAGAUACCACCGCAACCACUGCUACUCCAUCGUCCAAACGUUACGUUAUCACUAACCCAUUAUAUGAAUUCCUACUGAUGCCAACAGACAUGAUUUUCUGCUUGAUGCAGUUUGACCCCGCAAAAGAAAGUUCUUAUCCGAGACGCCCUACGAGAAGGAAGCAGCGGGACGACGACCGUGAUGGUGAUGUUCGAGAAAACGGAGAUAGGUACACAGAUGCGCAUUUACCCGAUAACAGAAACGCAGACGAUUGGGAUGAAACACUCUGUUGAUGGCACGACUGUGUGGCUGAUCUACCUGAAUCAUAUGUGUGAACUGGUCAUCUUAUUGUCGACACUGCCAUGUUUGUGGUAUAUUUACCCGCCCACUCCUCCCUUCUUUCAUCCCACUGUCUAUCAU